GGUAUUUGACGUCUUCAUCAAACGGCUACCCAUUUCCGUGCUCUCGGGACACGUGCUGAAGGUUUUAGGAUUAAUUUGUAAGGAUUUACAGUGCCUUAGGGAGAUCUCAGUGGUGCAGGGGGAUUGUGGAUUAAGUGUACUAUGGUGUGGAGAAGCAAUAUUCCGUGGAUAUGUGCCGGUGUGGUGGGAAUUUAUGCUUUUAGUCAUGUGUGUCAUGUGCUCGUGAAGAAGUUUCGGAGAAAAUCUCAAGAAAUCUCCGAUUCUCACCAAGUCUUCUUCAUGAAUCCCCUGUGUACGGAUCAAGAUUGCAAUGUGACCGAAUGCCGUGACCGCCGAGUGACCCCCUUGCAGAUUUUCAGUGAAAUUGCCCGACGAAUUGAUUGUGCAAAAUUUUCCAUUGAUAUUGCAAUUUACGUUGUAACGUGCUUCGAGGUGACCGAGGCUCUUCUGAGGGCUCGCGGAAGGGGUGUGCACAUUCGUGUGAUUGUCGACAACUCCCUGGCCCACUCUUCGUGCUCCCAGGUGGGCACCCUCAUGAAAAGUGUAGAUUUGCGCUCCUUCACCGCAGAAGAUGGACUAAUGCACCACAAAUUCUGCAUCAUUGAUGCUACAGCAGCUACACCCGGAUCAUUGGAUACAGUGUUUGGAUGUGAUGGCAAAAGUGUUCUGGAUUGUGUUUUAAAGUGGUUCCCUGUAAAAAGUGUUCGUGAAGGUCGUGCAAGUGAAGGAAGCAGCCUCCUCGUGACGGGAUCACUCAACUGGACAAUUAGGGGAAUGACGGCCAACUGCGAAAAUGUCAUUUUUACCACUGAUCCCGCCCUGAUUCGUGCUUUUCACCAGGAAUUUGAGAAAUUGUGGAAACAUCUUGCCCCAGCGGGCACAUAGGAAAUCCAAAGGCAAAGAGAGGGAGAGAGAAGGCACAAGAAAGUGAAGAAGAAGUCCAUCUCAGUGUUGACAACUAAAACUUUCACGUGAAAUGCAAGAAAUUCCAGGAAAAUUACCUUACAAAUGACCCCCAAGAAGCCACAACAAUCUUCUCAGGAAAUUCAUACUUUGAGAAAUCCUCACAAAUUCAUUAUUGUAGUUUCUUUCAAAAGUUAGGUAAUUUUAAAGAAUUUGAAUAAAUUGUUAAGAGAUUUUUAUUUGUGAUUAUAUUUUUGUAAAAUGAAAUCAUCCUGAAAUAACCUUCUGUUCAAGAUAAAAUUCUGACUGAAAUAAAAAAGGUCGAUGGAAGAUUUGUAAAAUUAAAAGUUUUCUAUGUAAUUUAUCUUCCAAGAGAAGCAAUUUUCAUCCACACACAGUAAUCACGUUAAACUCUGAUCCGUUGUUAAUUGAAAAUAAUUAAAUGGAAGAUUUAUUUACUUAUAUGUUCAAUAAAAUGCUUUAUAUAAAAGUGAA